UCCAUUGAAACACGCCUGGAUCGAAACGGAGAGCGGCAUUGGUUUUUUCGGCGCCGGACGAUGAAUGACAAUGUGACGGACGCUGAGGCUCUUCUGAUUCUUCUGGUGAUUGGUCUGCUCGUCGGACUUCUACUCGGUGCUCUUAAACUGCUUGAGAAGUGCCUUAAGAGGCGCGAUCAACGCAUCAUAGCCACCCCAGAACCAAUAAACGUCUUCACGAUUGGAGGAAUCCGUCGGUUGAACUCGGACGGCGAAAGCAGGGUGGAUCAGAAUACGACCUUUGAGGUGAUCGAAAUCCAAAAUUAUCAAUCAAACUCGCUCCCUUCUUGGACCCCUGAUAACGACACGUUGGAAUUUGACUUGCCUCCGGACUAUCACACAACCACGGUGAUCGACGGUCUGCCUUCUUAUGAAGAAAUUAUCAGUCCAAGAUAAGGAUUUACCUCAAGUUAACUAUAUUUUAAUUUGUUUUUUGCAAUCUCAAAUUUCUUUCUUAGAAAAUUCAUUGUUUAGAUGAUGAAUUAUAAAUUAUGUACAAUUAAAAUACAACAAAUGUCGGCUUUAUUUUCAAAUAAAUAAAAUGCCAAAUAUUUUUCCUCACGAAAAUCAAACAAUUUAAUUGAAAACAAAAGAUUUCCAAAAUAAAAUUCAAUUUCUAUGAAUGCGGGACUAUGAAAGUAGGAUGUUGAAGUUUUGAUUUUCCAUAGCGGCAGCUAAUGCAACCGAAUGAAAUUCCCCACAUUUAUUUUCUUUGUGCGUCAAACGCUAUUUCUAUUGCGCUCUUAAAAAUUUCUCUGUGAUUUGAUUAAUGAAAUGUCAAUCAAGGGAUCUGUACAGCAAUUUAAUUCUUAGUUAAAUUAUGAAUGUCAAUACCAGCCAAAUAACAGUGAAAUGGGAUUACAAAUCUUGUAUUAAUAAUUGUGACACAAAAAUUAUAAUAUUUUAAUGCGUGAUUUUGUAAAAUUUUCUAUUAUUAAAAAUAUAACAUGCUCAUUGGAAUUCCAUCGACGUUUGCAGAAACAGCACGUUUGAUUUGAACAUUAAAAGAGGUUAUAAUAUAAAUAAUGAAAUAAU